AUAUAUUGAUCGUCCAAAUAAUUAAAUGAAUGACUGAUUUUAAGACAUUCAAUACAGACAUGAAUUGAAAUCAACAAAAAAAUAUUGAAUUUUAUUAUUAAUUAUUGAUUUAUAUAAAAAUAAUUACAUUAUUAUCAAUAAUAAUAAUAAAAUCAUUAUUUAAUAUCAUUUACGACACCACAAGACAGCACAUCCAACAAUGAGUAACAGUAAUGUACCGAAGGGUUUAUCGUUUGUUUCUGAGACACAACUCGAUGAACGGCGUAAACGAAGACAAGAAGAUUAUGAGAAGACUCGCACUGAAGACAUGCCUUUAGAAGCACCUGAAGAGGAAUAUGAUCCGCGAACUCUUUAUGAAAGACUCAAAGAACAAAAGGACAGAAAACAAGAGGAAUAUGAAGAAACACAUAAAUUGAAGAAUUUGAUUAAAAGUUUGGACAGCGAUGAGGUUUCCUUUCUUGAAAUGGUUGAUAAUCAGAAAAUAGAGAUCCAAACACAACGUCUUAAAGAGGAAAAGCAAACGAUCGAAGAGUUUAAGAGAGCGGUCUCUCAUUUCAAGAAUGAAGAGGAAGAAAAACGAUUGAAUGAAAAAAAGUCAAACUUUUUUAUUCAAAAUAACACAAACAAUAAAACGAUGAAAAAGAGCUCACAAUCGGCACUAUUGGCAAAUGUGGUCAGAAAGAGGACACAAUCAGAUAGUGAAGACAAAUCGUCUAAGAAAUUAUGCACUAAUAAUAGUAACGAUAAUAAUGAAUCCAAUACAGCAACCAAUGAAACACCAAAUAAAUCAAACACCGAUUCAAAUGAAAAAGUGGUGACAAAUAAUUCAACCGUUGAGUGCAUUGGAGUCCUUCCCGGACUCGGCAACUAUGACGACAGUGAUAGCAGUGAUAGUGAAAACUCUUCGAGCAGUGAUAUGGAGAAAGUGGACUUUAAAUUAAUAGUUAGACAUAAACGACUCAACAUUGCUUCAGAAGCGAAGAGUGUUGCUGGCAAUCAACCAUCUGCUUAAUGGAUCAAAUCAUUUAUCUAUAAAUAUGUAAAAGUCUGAAAAUAUCGACAUUUUGUUA